AACGAGGGCGAUACAACGUGUGCCCCACGUACAUUUAUUAAAUGGCCACCGUCCAAUCGUUCAAUACUUCUUUGUAGUAUCCCUCGAAUAGUGAUAUAUUAUCCUGGUACAGCUUUUAUCACAAGUAAGGUUACUAAGUGUUUGCUUACUCACAAUUUCACUACAAAAAGACUUAAAAGGAGAACUAUGUGAGGCCUUGAGCGUGAAAUGGAGACUGCUGUCCGAAAAUUAUAAUGCCGCAAAGUUUGGGACUUAUCGAUUUGGACAACUGACUCUUAUCUCCCGCAAAACUUCCGGCAGGGCAAGGUCGUGACCAAUAUUGUAAGAGCAACAAACACGGCAAUAAAGCCCUCUAAGAAGGUCCGAUCACUUAGCGCCGCCACUAUGAUAAAAUGAAAAACGGAGUUCCCAAAAACUACUCUUCAGACAUACACACCUUCUCCUCGUAAUCAAUAUCUUCUAAAAGUGUCAAAACAACAUUAACGAAUAUACAGUUCUCAGAAGAUAAUUUGAAGAUGGAGGAAAAAACGUUCAAUUUAACUUGGAAUAACCAUUUGGCAAAUUUGUCAGGAUUAUUUGAGGAACUUUACAAAAGCGGGUUGCUUACAGACGCGACCUUAGCUUGCCAGGAUGGUACACUGAAAGCACAUCGACUCGUUUUAGCAGGAUGUAGUCCUUAUUUUGAAAGAGUUUUUAAACAGCAUUAUGGAGACCAACCCAUUCUUAUUCUAAAAGGUGUGGCUAUACGAGAAAUGGAAUGUCUUUUAGACUUUAUGUAUCGUGGAACCAUUGAUGUAACAGAAGAUCACUUACCCUCGUUGAUAAAGAUUGCAACUGAAUUGGAAAUACGAGGGCUAUCAGCAGAACACCAAAAUGAAACAGCGAAUCCUUACUCUAAAAUGCAAAGGCAUAAUUUAAAGGUGAACGUACAACCACGUUCCUCAGCAGAUAAUUCUUCUGCAACCGUCGAUUUGAGUGCAAGAGACGUGCCCUCUACUCACCACUUUAAAACUGAAGACAUUGAAGUAGAGGACGAUCCUAUGUUCAUAGAUACUCACGAUGAAAAUUUUGAAAAUUCCUUGCCUUCAACUGAGAAACAUAUCAGAAACAAUCCCUCAUCUUCAUGUAAAAGAGAGACGCGAUUCAAAGGCAAGAAACGUGUUGCCGUGGGACGCAUAACAAGAAGUAGUGAUUUUAUAAACACAAGGCCUAAAUCUUCAUGCGUUGAAUCAAUUUCAUCCUUAGGUGAUGUUAAAUUGGAUUCAAGGUUGAAUAGCAGUUGUUCAGAUCCUACAGUUCCAGAAAUUCAAAUGAAUUAUGAUAAUCUACUGCGGAAAAAGAGUGUUGAUUUAUUGACGGAUAUAGAAGAGGAUGUGAAGCCAUUCAAGAAGAAAUUUGAUAUAAUAAAGCGAGGAGAAAUUAACAACAGUAUCGGAAACUCAUUAAAAAUUGAAAAGAAACCGUAUAAGCCUUAUUCUUGUGACCUUUGUACACUGGCUUUCACUAGAGCUUCGCAUCUAGCAAGGCACAGACGAGUUCAUACUGGAGAACGACCAUUUGCUUGCACUUUGUGUCCACGAAUGUUUGCUAGACAAGACAAAUUAAAGCAGCACUUAGAUUCACACCUACAGUGGCCUAGAAAAAGAAAUCUCCAGAAUGAACCGGAAACUAAACUGGUAUCAGUAAAAGGAAAACGCGGUAGACCCCGUAAGGUAACUGUGGAACAGUCAGCGUUUGAAGAAAUAUUGAAAUUUGGUGAAUUUAGUUCAAUGUUAAACAAAUCACAACCCUUAAAUAUAAAAAAUGACAAUGGAUUGGAAGAAUGUGAAACAGCAACUGAUACUGAAGAGAAAGAAAUGUCUACUUCAAAUAAGGUUGAUAACUGUACUUAGGAGUUUGUACAAGAGGAAAAUAUUGUAUAAUCAGAAUAAUAAUGCAAUUUUUACAUAGCUUAAAUUAAUAUUCUAGGCUUGUAAAGAGAACUACAUAUUCUCGUGUAUCCGUCUGAAAAUUAAUUGAUGUUUUUAUCUGAAUAAACAGAAAAUCGAAAAAAA